AUGAAGUUCUCCGCAUCUAUUGUUGCCCUUGUGGCCUCCCCUGCCAUGGCCCUUCAAGGAGGAUACCUUUCCCAAAUGGCUCAUACUCAGACAUCUGCCCCCACGGAACCAGCGUUUGGCGGAUACUUGGAUAACAUGGCCAACCAGCAGUAUGCAGCUGAUGUUGUCUUUUCCAUGUCAGAUGGAAUGGAGGAGCAAGCAACCCCUGUGGAUGCUGGUGAGUAUUUGACCUCUUUGCAUGCUGCCUCCUCACCAGCUGGAAGUGGCCCUACCGGAUACCUUGACAACAUUGCGCACGCUGCUCCCCAGAAUAAUGUCGUCUUCUCCUUGUCAGAGAUGGCCAACGAACACUCUGAACCUGCUGCUGUCGGGGACUACUUGAACGCCAUGGGCGGAGGAAGUGUCAUGAAGGCGUCGUCACUCAAGGCUUCCAGUCCUGCUGGUCCAGCUUUCGGUGGAUCCUACUUGGACAACAUGAGGUCUGGUCCUGUCUUUUCCUUGUCAGCCAUGGUGGAUGAGCAUGCUACCCCUGCUGCUGUCGGGGACUACCUGAACUCCAUGGGUGGAGGAAGCGCAAUGAAGGCAUCUGCUCUCAAGGCUUCAAGCUCGGCUGGUCCAGCUUUCGGUGGAUCUUACCUGGACAACAUUGCUGGAUACGCUGUUCCAGCAGGUGUCACGUUCUCCAUGUCGGAGCUGUUUGAUGAAAACAGUUCCCCUGUUGCUGCCGAUGAGUACUUGACCUCCUUGAAGAUUGCCGCUGCUCCUGUGGGAAGCGGCCCUGUGGGAUACCUUGAUACUCUUCGUUCCCAGGCUUUCCAUACUGCACCAAGGAACCUUCCCGGAUAUUUGGAUACUCUCAGUGUUUCUGCCAAUACCGUGAUGGGUGGCCUUGGUCCAAUGAGCUACCUUGACAACAUUGCCGGAGCUGGUUUUGUUGCUGCCAAGGUUGAAGCUACCACCGAAGUUGCAAUGGUAUCCGCCCAACCCGUCUUGGCCGCCAUCAACGAAAUGAAGGACAACAUGAGCAGGAACCAAGAGGCCACCAUUGGAAUCCUUCAAGAAAUCAAUUCCUCCGUGAAACAGCUUGUGGAUGCUACGCAAGCUGCCCCCGUUCAACAGGUCUCUGCUCCUGCACCAACUGCAGGAGACUACUUGUCUCAGUUGAGUGCUAACAACAACGAAUUGGUCCAUGCCCUCGAACAAGGAGCUCCAGCCAGCGCCGGAAACUACUUGGCCUCUCUUCGUUAG